AUGGGUCUUUCUCCUUGUUCCAGUGAGGUCCUUACGGUGGCCUUGGUCCUGCUGUGCCUGUCUUCCGCUGUUUUGUGUGACUGCCCAACUCCAACUCUACCUCCCCAUUCUUCACUCAGAGGUGGAGGAACCCUAAAAACCAGCUAUCCUACUGGAACUGUUUUGCCAUUAACGUGCAUCAUAGGCUACGAACCUAUUCCUGGAGUGCGUCCUAGUAUUGCAUGUCUUCCACUUGGAACGUGGACGAACAUUCCUACAUUUUGUCAAGGAAGACGAUGUCCAACUCCACAUGUAAAUAAUGGCAGAAUAGUAAGCUCAACUGACCUCCGGCUUGGUGAAACAGUAACCUUUGCCUGCGAUCAUGGGUUCAGAAUGAUAGGCGUAUCGACCCUACAAUGUGUUCUAAAAUCAGGCAGAGUUGACUGGAAUAGACAACCUCCAGACUGCCAACGUAUUCCUUGUGUUCGCCCCCCUACAAUUUCCAAAGGAAGGUAUGAUCCUGAUCCUUCAGACGAAUAUUCUGUUGGCUCAGUAGUUAUAUACCAGUGUGAUGCUGAUUACUCACUUAUUGGAAAUUCAUCUAUUACCUGUAUAGUUGCAGCUGAUGGUCUAAAUGGAGAGUGGAAUUCACCUCCACCUGAAUGUAAAAAGGUCGCUUGUCAGAGACCAAACAUCCCAAAUGGGAGACUGACAACUGUAUUUCGACCUACAUAUACAUAUGGCACUGGUAUAUCAUUUGAGUGCAAUCCUGGCUAUACUUUGGUAGGGGCCAGAUUAGUUAGAUGUGAUGCUAAUAGUAAAUGGAAUCCUCCUGUUCCAAGUUGUGUCAAGACCAAAGUCCCUACCACUAACAAACCUGGACCCCGCCCACCAGUUCAUCCCGUCCCACCUGCUGUUCCUCCUAUACCCCCAAUUAUCCCCACACCUGUUCCUCCAGAAGAACAUGAGACUAAAGAAAUUCCAGUGUUCCCAACCCAAAGUGAACCAAUUCCCACAGAUGAAUCAGGAUCUGGCAAAAUUAUUGGGAUUACUAUUGGAAUUAUUCUUUCCGCUGUAGUUCUGGCUGCGUUCAUUUUCGCAGCUGUGAAAUGGUUAAUUGGCCGGAGGAAAGCUGAUGAUCCUGACAAGCGUGUAGCAUUAGAGGAAGAUACGGCUUUGGAAAAAAACAAGGUGGAUGGUCCGAGUCCACGGAAAUUUCAAAGUAAAACCUCAAGACCCUCUCAACAGUUUUCCACUUAG